CUGAUACUGAAUUGGAUUAUCUCCCGUGAUACAACUAAUUACCAAACUUAUAAAAGAAGACCGAUAGUUCCCGUGGAACCAAACUGUUCUUUGCAAUGUGAUGUAGUUAUUGAAGACAAAUUUGUAGGAUUUAUUUCAAGUUUUGUUAUGGCAACAUUAGAUGUGUUUGUUGGAAACUUCACCAUAAUUGACUUUGAGCUGUAUGAUCUAUGGCUAAAUGGAUUAUCAGAUGUAGAUGCUGCUCAUGUCUUACAGAAAGGAGAGUUACAGCAUUGUCCUUGGGUCACAAUUGAGGACAUUGUGAGUGAGGUUCAUGACCACUACAGGCUCUUUAAUCAUCUAGAGAAAAUAUUGAAAAAUCCAACACACCUUGCAGACCAACAAAUUCAUCAAAUUGAUGCAGAAGCACAAACACUUCUUAUAGAAAAGUAUUACCAGUUUGAUGAAGUUGUCAUCAGAGAAAUUAUUGGAAAGAAACUAUCUGGAAGAAAUAGGAAAGAUUUAGAUGAUGUCAGUGAAAAAACAAGAAGGAGUAUAAAAAAAUGUAGAAGACAGUUUGAUAAUUUGAAAAGAGUUUUUAAGACUGUAGAAGAAAUGCUGGGAUCCUUGGUAGACAAUAUAAAGACACAUUACCAGAUAUCUGCUGAUUUAGCAAGAAAGUAUGCUGCUUUAGUAUUUAUUGCCAACAACAGAUUUGAAACUGGAAAGAAGAAACUAAGCCAAUACUCUUUACUUACAUUUAUAAAAUGUGCAAAUCAGAUGAUAACAAACUGGUCAUAUAGUGCUGAUGAAUGUAAAAGCCAUCGAGAUAUGGAUGUAGAUUUAGAUCGUAAAUUUCUACAGGAUCUUAGAGAUUUAAAGCCUUUACUUGAAAAAGAAAGCAUAGAAGAACACAGAAGUUUUGUUCUGCAAGCACUGAGGUCUAGUAUUUCAAGGAGGGCGUUGCAAGAUCUGGAAGAUAACUUUAAGAAUAUAUCAAAGUCCAUAAUAAACAUCGCAAUGGGAUUGAAUCACAGCAGAGAAGUUAGGGACAUCUUUAUUGACAUAUAUGAAAAGAUUGUGGAACCUUGUCAACAAGCCAGAUGGAGUAGAGAAGAUCUGCAAAGUUUUGUUACUGCUUACCAAGCUACAGCUAAAGAUAUGGAAUACAUGAAAUAUCAACCAUUAUUACAAGUUGUAUGGGACAGAUACAUGAAUACUAUGAGCAGUUGUAUACUAGAGCUGUUUCCAUCGUGACAUUGCUGAUGACUAUGUUGUAUACUAGAGCUGUUUCCAUCGUGACAUUGCUGAUGACUAUGUUGUGAAUAUCUAGUCAAACAAACAAGAUCAUAAUAAGUUGAUGAACCAUCAAGAAGGUUGUAAUUAUAUAACUACUGAACAGUUUUAGAUGUAGUUUUGUGUGAUAUUAUUAAUUAGACCAAAGAUCAGCCCUAUUACAUUCCAAGUAUUCAUAAACAACAUGGCGCAGAAGAUCAAGAUAGAUAGAUAGAUAUCAGAUAUUUGAUUCACAUUAUGCCAUUCUAUUACAAUCAGUUUACAUUGUAUCUAUAAAACUAUAAUUUUUUUUGUGAGAAAUGUAUAUAAAUUGUUUACAGUCACGACUUGCAUUAAGUUAGUCAUUGUAUAAGCUUUAAUGACUGACAUAAACUUAUUCAUAUUAUAAGCUUUAAUGACUGGGAUAAACCAUAACUACUCAUAAGGUUAGUAAUUUUAUAAGCUGUAAUCUUUACCUGCAACUGUAGAUAAUAAUAAUUAAACUUGUUUUCU